UUGAUGUGUCAAUAUAUGUUUAUGUCAUUAAACUUUGGUAUUGUAACAUUAUUAAUAUUAAUAUUCGUAUUUUAGUAGUUAUUGUUAGGGGUUUUAUGUUUUUUUUUUUUUUUUCGUGGUAUCGAAAAUUGCACAUGCGUGGCAUUUCGGUUGCUAAGCGACGACAAAAAUGGCGGCCACUAUUCAAAGUGCAGAUUUGAUUACACGUAGUUUAAAACAAGUCAUGGUUAUUAGUAUUUUUAUAGUAGAACUGUAGUUGUAUUAGUGUUUCUAUUGCUAGUAGUAUAGUUGGAACAGCUAUUAGCCGAGCUUGUAUUACAACGGCAAGUGGCAACAAUUAAGUGCAGGUUGGUUUUCCUAUAGUUAAAAGCAAGUAAUGAUUAUUAGUAAUAACCAUUACUAAUACUAUUACUAUUACUAAUAGUAGUAGUAAUAACUUAUUACUACUACUAUUAGUAUUUGUUGUAGAAAACAUAAUAGUUAUUAUUAGUGUUUUUUCUUAGUUGUAGUCUAGUCGUACUGUCGGUUGCUAGGUGACGACAAAAAUGGCUGUCAACAUUAAAACUGCAGAGGUGCAGAAAAAGAUUCGAGCCGCUUUCGAGGCGUUUGACUACCAAUCAAACCAGACAGCGGAUGUGCGAGAGAUUGGCACUAUCAUCUAUUCUCUGGGUUGCUUCCCCACUCAGGCAGACCUCCACAACUUCAUAGCUGAGGUAGAAGAGGACGAGACAGGAUACAUCCAUCUGGACCGCUUCCUGCCCGCCAUGACCACAGUUCUACUGGAACACAAGUUCCCUCCCAUCAGUGAGGACGUUCUGCUUGAAGCCUUUGAGGUUCUGGACACUGAAAAGAAGGGCUUCCUCGACCCAGACGAUCUGUCGCAGUACAUGACUGAAGAAGGUGAAGCCUUCACACAAGAGGAGAUGGAUGAGAUGCUGACAGCGCUCACCGACCACGAGACCAACCUCAUUUACAGCAAAGACUUACUCAACCACCUCAUCCUCGACCCUGAAGUGUAGAUGAUAUCACCAUUCAUCAACGUAUAGACUGUAUAUACAACUAUAUAAUACAUGUAUGGAAAAGUUGAGAGCCAUUGCUUUUCUGUUGUUCACUUAGCUGCAUGAAAUUCAACAUGAAGGACAUUAGUGGGAGAGAACUCAAAAACAACCAAAGCACAUAUUGCUGUGUCAGCAUUUAAUCACAAUAAAGUUAGUUAACGUGCAUGAAAAAGUUACAAACUGCUUUUCCAACGAUGCCACUUAUCCCGACUGUGGAUAAGAGAAAUGUUUGCAAACAUCAGUAUGAAUUCAUGCUGACAUUCUUUGAACCCAAAAACCACCACAAUUUCACAGUAAAAACAUGACCCGUUAAUGUUCAGCUUAGCUUGCCAUCACAAAAGGAGAAUACCCAAAAGAUUCCCUUCAAGGAAUUAAGGCUCAUCGACAUCCAGCAUAUAUUCUCAGUACAGCAUCAGACUAAUAUGAUGUAGAGAACAUCAAUUAAUGGAGGCAUCCUUUUUUUUUUUUUUUUUU